AUGGAAAGUGGGACAUUUGUGGUUGAUGGCAAGAUCAAGGUUACGGAACUCAAAGGCUUCAACUGGGAUAUAGAACUUAACAAACGGGAACAUCACACAGACAAGUACUAUCAUGAUGAACUCAUCACAAGGAGGGGCCAGCCUUUUAGGGCCAGGAUGGUCAUGAGCCGACCCCUAGACCAGAGGGAGAAAGUUACCUUCACAGUUUCAACAGGUCCAAAUGCCUCUGAAUCAGCCCGGACCAAAGCCAUGUUUCCUUUGUCUACUGGACCCACCAAUAACGCCUGGAGUGCGAUAAUCGUGUCCAACAAUGGCAACUCAAUAACUGUCAACAUAAUCAGUCCAGUCAAUGCCCCUAUUGGUCGAUACACACUCAGCCUCGAGAUUUCCUCUCAAAAUGGGCGCACCUCCGUAGUUCUGGGGACAUGGAUUCUACUGUUUAACCCUUGGCAUCAAGGGGAUGCUGUGUACAUGAUGAAUAAUGCAGAGAGAGAAGAAUAUGUAGAAGAAGAUGCUGGCAUCUUAUACGUAGGGAGUGUGAAUCGAAUCAGCAUGGUUGGCUGGAAUUUUGGUCAGUAUGAGGAAGAUAUCCUGAAUAUUUGCCUCACAGUCCUGGACCGGAGUCUCAAUUUCCGCCGUGACCCCGUCACCGACGUGGCCCGAAGAAAUGACCCGAAAUAUAUUGGCCGUGUGCUGAGUGGCAUGAUCAAUGGCAACGACGACAGCGGUGUGCUCUCUGGGAACUGGAGUGGGGAUUACUCUGGCGGCAAGGACCCCAGAAACUGGAACGGCAGCGUGGAGAUCCUGAAGCAGUGGAAGAAAAAUCGUUUCCAGCCUGUCCGCUUUGGCCAGUGUUGGGUCUUUGCUGGGACCCUGAAUACAGUGCUUCGAUGUUUGGGGAUUCCUGCCCGGGUGAUCACCAACUUUAACUCGGCCCACGACACGGACCGCAGCCUGACCGUAGAUGUCUACUACGACUCUCAGGGAAACCCACUGGAGAGAGGCAGUGACAGCGUUUGGAACUUCCAUGUCUGGAAUGAAGCCUGGUUUGUUCGAGUUGACUUGGGCCAAGUAUAUAAUGGAUGGCAGGUUUUGGAUGCAACCCCACAGGAGAGGAGUCAAGGAGUGUUCCAGUGUGGCCCUGCUUCCGUCGUGGCCGUCCGGCAAGGUGAUGUGAACUAUGAUUUUGACAUGCCCUUUGUGUUUGCCGAAGUGAAUGCUGACUCUAUCACUUGGAUGGUUAACCCCGAUGGAAGCAGCAGGCGAAACUCCACCAAAACUGACUCGGUGGGCAAGUUCAUCAGCACGAAGGCUGUGGGCAGCAACUCUCGAGUGGACGUCACAGACAAAUACAAGUAUCCUGAAGGUUCCAAGCAAGAGAGGGAUACGUUCCGGAAGGCUUUGCAGAAGCUGAAGCCGGACUCUGGGAGUUUCGGUGCCACAUCAUCUGAGACAGGAAGGUCAGAGGAGAAGCCCUCCAGCAUCUCUGGGAAAUUCAAGGUCAAUGGCACCCUGGAAGUGGGGAAAGAGGUCAACCUGGACCUGCAGCUUAAAAACAAGUCAAGCGACUGGAAGACUGUGACAGUGAACAUGACAGCCUGGACUAUUGUGUAUAACGGGACCCUGGUACAUGAGGUGUGGAAGAGUUCCUUCACAGCUUCUCUGAACCCUCAAGAAGAGGCAGAGUACCCGGUAAAGAUCUCAUACUCUCAAUAUGAAAACUUCAUGACGGCAGACAACAUGAUCCGUGUCACUGCUGUGUGUCAAGUCGAAGAUGAGGCUGAGGUAGUGGUGGAGAGAGACGUCAUUUUGGACAACCCUGCCAUCACUAUGGAGUUACUGGACCAGGCCAGAGUGCAAACUCCCGUAAAUGUGCGGGUUCUGUUUGCCAACCCCCUGGAUAUGCCAGUGGAUAAUUGCGUGCUCACAGUGGAAGGCAGCGGUCUCAUGCGAGGGAACCUCAGGAUUAAGGUGCCGUCCCUACGCCCCAAGGAGCGCUCCAACUUCAAGUUUGAGAUCACCCCUCUCAAGAGUGGCACCAAACAGCUGGUCCUCGACUUCUCCUGCAGCAAGUUUACAGCUGUCAAGGCCUUCAUGUCUGUGGAUGUGGCCGAAUGA